AAUGUAAUGUAGUUUCAGAUAUUAAACGGUAUAUGUAAAAACAAUGAAAUUUAUAUUUUCUAUAAUGGUUAUAUGUCAUUGACUCUUGAGUUUCUACAACAAAUGUAAUAUUUUAUUGUACAAAAAUAGUACAACUAAUUAAGUUGUGAAUUUAUAUGAACAUCCGUAGUCUAUUUACAAAAUGUCCAAGAUUUAAAUAAAAUUAUACAAGAAAAUGAAAGUUGAUUAUAAUUUGAUUCGACAGGAAUGACAAAUGAUUUGUGUUUCGAAGGGGAUGAAAUUCCGUUUAUGUUUCCCGCGAAUGAAAAGAAAACGAAGCGGCAUCAGUGCGCGACGUAUCCUGCAAAUCGAUGCGCCUCGGCCGCGGGCUUUUAGCUACUUUUAGCCCACUCCAAUUCUUCUGCGUCCCGGUUCAAGCUUUUCGUAUCCCCCGGAACGUCUCGAAGCGUCACGAGUCACGAUGCACUCUACCCCGCGGCUUUAAUUCCGUAUGAGCGUCCCGCCGCGUCGUGAAAUACAUCUGUAUUCUAGUCCGGCGUAAGUCGGUGCGUUUUUCUUUCUCCUUUUUUUCUAAAAAGGGACCGUGGUUAUGACCUUACUGUCUUCGAACAGCAGCCGCAGUUGUGUCGGACAACCCGUAUGAAACUAACAUGCGACUUGUGGUGUCAAGGAGAACCGAAAUUCUCUCGGUCCCGGUGAUUCGCGGCUGGCAAUACGGGGAGCUGUUUUCGCGGACCGCAUAAUCGGAUCGAAUAAUGAGAAUCAACGCGACGAAAAUGAGCACUCCGAUCGAGGAGAAGAUUGACCAGAAGCUGAAGGUGAGGACAGGGAUGGUAAGCGUCAGUGAUGGGAAAAGCAAGCCAAUACCUAUGUGUUUACAUUUGUCCAUGGAAGUUUUGAAACUUCAAAGGGAAGAUUUAGAGCAGGCAGUGAAUCACAAUAAGCCGCCAUUGGAUGCUAAGGAACGAAUGGUGCAAAUCACCAGACAGAAAGUUGGAGGCUUAGGAUUAAGUAUAAAAGGAGGAGCAGAGCAUAAGCUUCCUGUCCUUAUAUCUAGAAUUUACAAAGGUCAAGCUGCUGAUCAGUGUGGCCAAUUGUUCGUAGGGGAUGCAAUUAUUAAAGUGAAUGGAGAAUACAUAACUGCAUGUAAUCAUGAUGAUGCUGUGAACAUCCUGAGGAAUGCUGGUGACAUCAUUGUUUUAACAGUGAAACAUUAUAGAGCAGCUAAACCAUUUCUACAAAAAAAUGAAAAAGAAGAGAAGUUGGAUAAUGUUCCAAAUGGUGGGUCAGAGGACGAGUGGCUUUCACCCAAUAGACAGGGUGGCAGUCCCAGAUGUGGUCACAGUCGACAAAGUUCAAAUGCAUCUGUAACCUCGAUACAAUCUAAAAAAUGGGUGGACGUUAUAACAGUUCCACUAAUGAUGGCAUAUGUAACAAGAUAUAUCUUCGGAACAGAUAAACUAAGAAGAAAUGCAUUUGAAGUGAGAGGAUUAAAUGGUGCACGCACUGGUGUAAUUCACUGUGAUGAUAGUGCUAUUCUAAGUCAAUGGUUGAAGUAUAUUACUGAUAACAUUACUGGUUUAACGCACUUACAGAUGAAAUUAUAUAAUCGGAAUUUCGGGGUGGGCGAACGUAUAGAAUAUAUGGGAUGGGUAAAUGAAGCAGUGAGUAAUAGUAAUCAGCCAUGGCAGAGCUAUAGACCAAGAUUUCUGGCGCUAAAAGGACCUGAUUUAUUGUUAUUUGAAACACCUCCCUGUAACAUAGGUGACUGGUCUCGAUGUGCAUUAACUUUUAAAGUCUACCAAACGAUGUUCCGUGUGAUGAGAGAAUCUGAGAAUGUGGAUGAAAGGCAGCACUGUUUCUUAGCUCAAAGUCCUGGAAAACCGCCACGAUAUUUAAGUGUUGAAACUAGACAAGAACUUUUAAGAGUCGAAGCAGCAUGGCACACCGCAGUGUGUUCAGCUGUUACACAUUUAAAAAGUAAAACAUUUCCCGUCACGUUUAAUGGAAGAAGUGCAGGAUUAACAUUAGAAUGGACUCAAGGCUUCACGCUUUCUUAUGAAGAUAUUGGAGAAAUCGUGUGGCGUUAUAAAUUUUCUCAAUUGAGGGGAUCCAGUGAUGAUGGAAAGAGCAGGUUGAAAUUACACUUUCAAGAACCGGAUAGUAUUGGAAUUGAGACGAAGGAAUUGGAAUGUUCUCAGCUGCAGAAUUUAUUGUUCUGUAUGCAUGCGUUCUUAACUGCAAAAGUUGCUGCGGUAGACCCAACCUUUUUAACGUCAACUACACCAUAAGAUUGAAGUAAGUAUUAUCGCCAAUAAUGCAAAACAUGGAUCAUUGUUCAAUAUUCAUAUAAUUACAUAGACGUACAGAAAUAAUAAUGAUUAAUGAACUAGAACAAAGA